GUCAACGUAGCAUAUAUAUAUGUUAAGUUUCUAAUAUUUCUAUGCUGAUCAUUGUUAUUGUCAUCGUAUUCAACCUAGUCUGUAAACAAAACUCAACCUGCAGGCUUUUAAGUGUUUCAUUCUGCAAAGUUAGAAUUUCUUUCGCGCCCAACAUCUGGCUUUGUUCUCUUCCACUUGAUUCCUACAUGUUAGGAUUUCCGAGUGAAUCCUGUAAUGCAAUCCUCGCUCCCCGCAGAUCCUCCUAGCCUGUGCGACGUGCGCGUGCGCCGCCUCGGCCCAGAGGUACGAGGCCCUGGGCGUGCUGCAGCCGGCGAGGCCGACGGGCCUGGGCAAGCACGAGAAGAUGGUGACGGCGACCAUCGAAAUCCUGCCCGACAUUGCCAAGACCCUGAGGGAGCUGGCCAGCAGGAUGGCUCGCUCUCAGGACGACCCCUUCGACUCGCAGAACAUGUUGGAGAUCCUGAUGGCGUUCAUGCCCGUGACCCGCAGGAUCCUGUUCGCCGUGGCUAAGGCCGAGGGGCGGACUGUGUCCGAGGAGGAGCUGCAGAGGCUGGACCGCGCCGAGAAGAUGUUUCCCUCCGCCUUCAAGUUCAUGCUGAAGAUGCACGGGGGUGAGCUCUUCGGUAUCGAAAACCCCGACGCCGAGAGGACCCCGGCGGACAACACCGUCGCCCUCGCCGACACCAAAGUGAGCGGGUCCUUCGUCCAGAUGCCCCACGGGAGAGGGAUGUUCAUCCACCAUGGGUAGACGGGAGGCAAACGAAGGCACAGGAGUAGGAGGAGA